AAUACAUUCCAUACUUCAUGGUAAACACAGUUUUUUGUCGUGUUAUCCAGUUGUAUCCAGUGUUAACAUUGACUGAAACGAAACUACGUAAAAAAAAGUAAUUAUGGCAGAUGUUUUAGAUAUUGAUAAUGCGGAGGAGUUUGAAGUCGACGAUGAAGGCGAUCAGGGAAUUGCCCGUUUAAAAGAAAAAGCAAAAAGAAGAAAAGGCAGAGGACAUGGUGCAGAAUUAGUUUCCACCCGUGACGAUGUUGGUCAUUAUGAGUCAAUGAACAUUGUUGAGGAGGAUGAUGAUGAGCCAGGCCCACAGAGAUCUGUUGAAGGCUGGAUUUUGUUUAUAAAUUCAGUACAUGAAGAAGCACAAGAAGAUGAUAUUCAAGACAAAUUUUCUGAAUUCGGUCAAAUAAAAAAUUUGCAUUUAAACUUGGACAGAAGAACAGGCUUCUUAAAGGGAUAUGCUUUGGUCGAAUAUGAGACAUUUAAAGAAGCUCAAGCAGCAAAGGAUGCAUUAAAUGGAACAGAAAUUUUAGGACAGCCUAUCUCCGUCGAUUGGUGUUUUGUAAAAGGACCAAAGAAAAUAAAGAAAAGAAGCCAUAGGAGACGAUGAAAGUAAAUACAAUUAUUGCAAAAUACAAACUUUAUUUUCACAUGA